GAAUAAUUAUACACAUCUUGCAGGCAAGAAAGCACAUGUGUGUUUGCAUUCCAUUUGGCCUAAAGACAAGAAAAAUGGAUAUUUUAUUAAGGAUAUGUGGGAGUUAAACAAAUUAAAUUAUGAAUACAAAUUAAAAAGAGCCUGCCUUAAAAUGGGUGCAACAUAUGUGAGAUACCUACCAUAUACUGGAACCUUAAUAUUUCAAGUUCCUCAUUUUUCGCGUUACAAAUUAGAAGAUAGUGAUGAUGAAGAGAUAGAAGAAGUAUCUUACACUCAGCCAUUUCAAACCAAGCCCAAUUUAACAUCGGAUUCAUUCGCCAGACCUCCUUUACAUCGGUCGCGUAUCUCGAAUCAUCCAGAUGGAAGCGGUAAUCUUUUCGAAGGCGAUAUUUCUUCUUUCAAAGAUUCUCCCUCCGAAUAUAAUUUUGGGAGAGAGGAAAAUGUAUAUCUAAUUAAACGGCAUAAAAAUGGAAUUAUUUCGCGCGGCAAGGGCUCUCGCUGGGUCUUGGGUGAAAAUAUGAAUUCAACCAAAAUCGACGUUCAACCUAAAAUUUCGCCUCCCAACCUAAUGUCUCCUUCACUCCUAUUCAACAACCUGGAAAAUUCUUUUACAAGAACAGUGUACUUUCCUAUUCAAAUGAAUGAUCGUAAUGACAAUAUUAUUAAAAUGGAUUGAAAUAAUGAAAGAAUACAAGAUGGUUUCGAUGCUAACGAGAGAAAAAAAAGUGUUAGGUUCAGUGGCGAGAUAAUGAAUGUGAGUGGUAAUGAAGCAAAACUAUUAUUUAAUAUAAUGCGUAAUGAUAAUAAUGAUACCAAUGAAGUCCGUGAUU